AUGGCGGCACUGAGUCCUCGCGAGAAAGGGCGGGAGAGAAGAGGCAGCCUCAGCCUGAGGAUGGCCAGCGGCAGCAGCGGCAGCAGCGGCGUCGGCAGCGGCAGCGGCAGCAUCCGCGGGGUCAGUCCCUCUGACCCCCAGGCGGACUCGGGGUCAGAUGCCGGAGCAACCUCCGGGGUGGCUCUGAAGAAACAGAUCGGCCUUCUCAGCGCAUGCGCCCUCAUAAUCGGUAACAUCGUUGGAUCGGGGAUCUUUGUGAGCCCCAAGGGGGUCCUGCAGAAUGCUGGCUCAGUGGGUCUGGCUGUCAUCGUGUGGUUGUCCGCCGGAACCAUCACAGCGAUCGGUGCGCUCUGUUAUGCGGAGUUGGGUGUGACCAUCCCCAAGUCGGGAGGAGACUACUUGUAUAUCACCGAAAUCUUUGGAGGAAUGGUUGGGUUUCUGCGCCUGUGGAUCGCGGUGCUGGUCAUCUCCCCCACCACGCAGGCCGUGAUCGCGCUCACCUUCUCGAACUACAUCCUGCAGCCCAUCUUCUCCUCCUGCCUCCCCCCAGAGAUCUCCACACGCCUGCUGGCUGCCGCCUGCCUGCUGCUCUUGACGUGGGUGCACUGCUACAGCGUGCGCUGGGCCAUAUCCGUCCAGUACAUCUUCACAGCCGGCAAGCUUCUGGCCUUGGGGCUCAUCAUCGCCCUGGGUGUCGUUCAAGUAUGCAAAGGUCACUAUUUCUGGUUGACGCCAGAGAAAUCUUUUGAGACCUUCCAAGACUACGACGUCGGUCAUUUGGCUCUGUCCUUCCUCCAAGGCUCCUUUGCCUACGGAGGCUGGAGCUGCCUCAACUACGUCACAGAGGAGCUGGUUGACCCGAGCAGGAAUCUGCCUCUUGCAAUCAUCAUCUCCAUGCCCCUGGUCACCUUAGUUUACGUGGCCGCCAACCUGGCCUACGUCACGGCCAUGAGCCCCCAGGAGCUGCUGGCCUCCAACGCCGUGGCAGUGACAUUUGGAGAUAAUUUGCUGGGAGUAAUGUCGUGGCUCAUGCCCAUGUCUGUGGCACUCUCCACCUUCGGGGGGGUCAAUGGCUCCCUCUUCACAUCGUCUCGGCUGUUUUUCGCCGGAGCGAGGGAAGGCCACCUCCCACGUCUUCUGGCCAUGAUUCACGUGAAGAGCUGCACUCCCAUCCCAGCCUUAGUGUUCAGCUUUUGCUCCACCCUGCUGAUGUUGUGCACCAGUGACAUUUACACCCUCAUAACCUACGUGGGCUUCAUAAACUACUUCUUCUACGGCCUCACUAUCGCCGGGCUGAUUUUGCUACGCAUCCGAGAGCCCAACCUGUAUCGACCGUUCAAGGUGAACCUGGUAUGGCCGAUGUUCUACCUGCUGGUCUGGGCCUUCCUGUUGGUCUUCUCCCUCUACUCUGAGCCUGUCGUCUGCGGUACUGGUCUGGCUAUCAUGUUGACCGGUAUCCCCGUAUAUCUCCUGGGAGUCUAUUGGGAAAACAAGCCACAGUGUUUGGAUAUUGCUAUUGGUAAAAUUUCUCAUCUGUGCCAAAAGCUCUGUGUGGUGGUUUAUCCAACCGUGGCGGAUAGCAGGGGGCCUGAGGAAGAAGAUCCAGACGAAGAAGUUACAGAAGAAGAAGAUGAUGAUGAUGACGAUGACUGAACAUGUGCAUGAACGAACGCUGGCAAUGUCAAACUUUUGGGUUAAAAAUAAAAAGUGUUUUGUGAAGACCCUCAAAGUUAUCAUGUAUAUUCACGCUCGCCACCCUUUCGAGAUGUGGUUUUGUGAAAAACUGAAAUGAUGACACUUGUCUGUUUCAUGUUGGAAUUCCACUGUGUCCUGUCUUAAGAUGCAGAGAACAUUUUUUUAAAUGAAAGUUGUAUGUACUGUUCAGGCUCUGUUGAUCUUACCUGAUUAUCUGUACACUAAAAUGAACAACUUAC